GCCGGGCCCUGAUCCCGACCCCGGGCCCUGAUCCCGACAUGGACCCAGGCCGCGACCCUGUAACGGGGCCCGGCCACGAUCCGGUAACGGCCCCGGUGCCGGUAACGGACCCGGCGAACGAUCCCGACGUGGAGCCGCUGCACCGGGGCGGCUUCCGCUGCCGCCUGUGCCAGAUCACCACGGCCAACCUGCCGAGCCUGCGCUCUCACCUGGCGGGGAAGCGGCACGGGCGGCUCCGGUGUUUGCGGGCGGAGCGCCGGGCGCAGGAGCAGCGGAGCCUCUUCGUCAGCGGCUUCCGCCGGGGCACCGCGCCCGAGCAGCUGCGCCGCCACUUCCGCGCCUUCGGCCCUGUCGCGACAGUCGUGAUGGACAAGGACAAGGGCGCGUUCGCUAUCGUGGAGCUGCGGGACCCCGCGGGGCGGCAGCGGGCGCUGGAGCAGCCCCGGCAUCUCCUGGAGGGGCGGCGGCUGCGGGUGCGGCCCCGGGAGCACCGGGAAUGGCCCCGGGACCCCCCCCGGGACCCCCCCGGGAACCCCCCGGGACCCCCGGGGCUGCUGCAGGCGCUGGGCCGGGCCCAGGAUGUGUGGGCACAGCUGCAGCUGCUGGUGCGGGCUCUGGAGCUGAGCGCGGCCGAGCGGCGCCUGCGGGAGCUGCUGGUGACCCUGAUCAGGGAGGUGUUCAUGGAGUUCUUCCCAGGCUGCUCCGUUGUCCCCUACGGCUCCUCCGUCAACGGCUUCGACGUCCACGGCUGCGACCUGGACCUGCACCUGGAGCUGGGGGAGCCCCAAAGCCCAGAGACCCCAAACGGGGACCCCCAAACCCCAGAGACCCCAAACGGGGACCCCCAAACCCCAGAGACCUCCAAAAACUCUUAUCCUAACUCAAAUGGGGACCCCCAAAUCCUAAAGACCCCAAAUGGGGACCCCCGGAUCCCAGAAACCCCAAAUGGGGACCGCCCCAUGGAGGGGACCCCAAACAGGGACCCCCAGGGCCAGGAAACCCCAAAUGGGCACCCCCAAAUCCCAGAGACCCCAAAUGGGGACCCCCAGAGCCCGGGGACACGGCUGGGGGAUGGGGACACCCCCCUCAAAGGGUCCCUUUUGGGGUCCGAGGGGUCCCUUUUGGGGUCCCCUUUGGGUGACAGAGACCCCUCCCUCAAAAGGUCCCUUAUGGGGUCUGAGGGGUCCCUUUUGGGGGACAGAGGGGCCCAGUUGGGGUCUGAGGGGUCCCUGUCGGGGGAUGAGUCCCCUGAGGCCCUUUUGGGGUCCGAGGGGUCCCUUUUGGGGGACAAAGGGUCCUUUUUGGGGUCCCCUUUGGGUGACAGAGACCCCUCCCUCAAAAGGUCCCUUUUAGGGUCUGAGGGGUCCCUUUUGGGGUCUCCUUCAGGUGACAGAGACCCCUCCCUCGAAGGCUCCCUUAAAGGGGGGUCCCGUUUGGGCUCCGGGGUGUCCGGGGGGUCCCGUUUGGGGUCCGGGGUGUCCGGGGGGUCCCUUUUGGGGCGCGGGGCGCCCCCGGAGCGGGCGCUGCUGCUGGUGGGGGCGGUGCUGCGCCGCUGCGUGCCCGGGGUCCGGGGGGUCCGGGCCGUGCCCGGCGCUCGGCGCCCCGUGGUGAAAUUCAGCCACAAACAGUCGGGGCUGGCCGGGGACGUGUGCCUGGACAACCGCCUGGCCCUGUUCAACACUCGCUUCCUGCGCCUCUGCGCCGACGCCGACCCGCGGGUGCGGCCCCUGGGCUACGCCCUGCGGCUGUGGGCGGGGGGGCAGCGGCUGGCAGGGAACCGGGCCGGGGGCGGCCCCCUCCUCACCAACUACGCCCUGACGCUGCUGCUGGUGCUGUUCCUGCAGAGCCGCAGCCCCCCCGUGCUGCCCUCGGUGCGGCGCCUCCGCCUCCUGGCAGGGCCCCAGGAGCGCGCUCGGGUCGGGGGCUGGGACUGCAGCUUCCCCCGGGAGGCGGCGGCGCUGGAGCCCAGCGGGAACCGACAGAGCGCGGCCUCCCUCCUGGCCGAAUUCUUCUCCUAUUUCGGGACCCUGGAUCUGGGGGGGCUCCUCCUGUCGCCCCUGGAGGGCCGAGCUCUGCCUCGCCCCCCUCCCGAGGCCCUCGGGGGUCUCCGCCCGGGCCCCCUGACCCUGCAGGACCCCUUCGAGCUCAGCCACAACGUGGCCGCCAACGUCACGGCGCGCACCGUGUCGCGAUUCGUGCGCUGCUGUCGCGACGCCGCCCGCCUCUGUCGCGGCCCCGAGUUCCUGCAGAAAUCGCGGCGGGGCCGCCCCUGGGGCGUGAUGAGGCUGCUCCAGCCCGGGAACCGCGGGAACUCCGGGAGUUCCGAGGGGAAAUUCCUGAUCCAGGUCCCGCUGCGGCCCCCGGGGGGGUGCGGGGGGGGUCCCGCAGAGCGAGGUGAGCGCGGCCGUGGCCUUCGUGCUCAGGGAGGUGCUGGGGUGCGGCUGCGAGCCCGAGGACAGCCACCCCCGGGAGCCCGGUGUCACCUGGAGGGGGGGACAGGAGGGUCUGGGGAGGAAUUUGGGGACGUGGGGACAUCGGGGCCGGGCUCGAAGCGUCGCCUCCCCGAGGGGGGCCCGGACGGGGCCGGGGUCCCGCCCUCAAAGCGGCCCCGGGGUCCCGCGGGUCCCUCGCGGUGGAGCUGCUGCGUCUGGCACCGGGUGUGGCGGGGCCGCCGCCGCCUCCGCCGCCGCCUCCGCUACCGGGGGGGCUCCGGGGGGGCUCCGGGCACCGACGGGAACCGGGGGGAUCGAGGGACCCUGGGGCUGUCCCGGAUUUCGGGGGGGUCCCCCCUGGCCCUGGAACGGGCCGUGACCGUGGCCAUCGUCCGAGGGGACACCGGGAGCCCCCCCGGGCCCCCCCCGCAGCCGCUGCUGCGUUUCCAGCUCAGCGCCCGCCCGGGGGGGGCGCACCGGGACCCCCAAAUGCUGCUGCAGCUCCAGCCUGAGCCCCCCUCGCCGCUUUUCCAGGAGUUUUUCCAUUUCUUGCGGGGUUUUCUGCCCGGAAUGGUUCGGCAGCGCCUGGGCUGGGGUGGGGAAUUUGUAAAUUCUGAGUAA